UAUAUUCAAUCAGCCAUAUUGACAAAUCUAGUAGCAAGAAUAAACUUUUGUCUUAGACGAAAUUUGUCUUAGAUCAAAAUGAAAAUUAUUGUUUCAUUUUUUAUCGCGAUCAACGUGAUAGCAUUUUUCACCAUUGUCGAUGCUCGUAAUCUUUUGAAGACAAACAACUCAUCGAUUGUUCACAACAAUGGUAUGCAUUCGAUAGAAGCAAAUGUGUCAUAUAAAAAUGAAAUCUCUACGGAAAAUCUAUUGAAUAAAGAGCCUGAAUAUCAUGUUCCUAUUUUGAUGCCAAUUAAUUCAAUGAAUCGAACAGAAAAAUCAACAGAUAAAAAUGUUCGGCAAUCAUUUGGUGAUGAUGAACAUUACGUCAAAGUUGGAAAUUUUUCAAUACCGAAAGAAUUUUUCUCACCUGAAGCACAAGGUUUUUUCGAUUGGAUCAAAAAAGGAUGGAAUGCGAUUAAGAAAAUUUUCACUCCUGACAACAACAAAAACAAUAACAAUAGCAAUAAUAACAAUAAUAACGACGACAAUAACAGUAACGACAAUAACAGUAACGACAACCCUAAUAAUGGUGAUGGUGAUGGAAAUGGACAUAGUUCAGGAAUCAACAAUGUUAUCAACAUUCAAUUGACAGCAAAAUAAUUUUCGAAAAAUCAAUCAAUUAUUAUUAUGAUUCAAUGAAAAAUUAAAAUUAAAAUGAAUUUUUUUCCGAUGAA